GUGGGUCCUUUUAUUGCUCUUCGUCGCGUGCAUGUUGCUGUAGGACGGCUAGCGUCUCGAAGUGAAUACCAGUGCUGUCUGCUCUCUAGUGGAGGUGGCGGGUCCGUCUGGCGGGGGGUGUCUCAUUCCUCCAGCAGCGGCGCGGACGCUGUGGGUUUCCUGACUGCACUCGGACCGCCUCCUCUCUGUCGUCACGCCGCGCCGCUACAAAAGCCUCAUGGAGACACUGGGAGCAGUCGCGUCGAAAUGAAGCUCUUGGUCAGCGCGCUGCUGAGGUCGGCGAGCGUCGCGGCGCUGGGGCGAUGCGGACUGUGCAGUAAGUCCGAGCCGAGCUUUGGGUUGCUGUUUGACAUCGAUGGGGUCUUGGUGCGAGGAAAGACCCCCAUCCCAGCAGCAAAGAGAGCUUUCCAGAAGCUGGUGGACGCGAAGGGACAGUUCGUGGUUCCGGUUGUCUUUGUCACCAAUGCUGGCAACUGUUUACGACAGAAGAAGGCCGAUCAGCUGUCUCACAUACUGGGUGUUCCUUCUCAUAGUUUUUCUAAAUGUGAGGGAAUCGGCUGCUGGAUAGUUUAUGAGAUCGGUCAGAUGACAUAUAUUGGCAGAUAUGAAAGAAACCGGAUACUUUCCUUGUUGUUUCAGUCUUCGCCUGUGGUGAACCUCCCCAGAGUUGAAGCUGUAGUUCUGUUUGGGGAGCCCAUUCGAUGGGAAACGAACUUACAGCUCAUCAUUGAUGUCCUUCUCACCAACGGCAAUCUGAGCAACGCCUAUGAAACCACUCUCUCCGCUCAUCUGCCGCUCUUGGCCUGUAACAUGGAUCUCAUGUGGAUGGCAGAGGCACAUUCUGCGAGAUUCGGUCACGGCACUUUCAUGGUGUGUUUGGAGAACAUCUAUAAGAAGAUCACUGGCAAAGAUCUGAAGUACGAGGCCCUCAUGGGGAAGCCCAGUGAACUGACCUACCAUUUUGCUGAGUUCCUCAUUCGAGAACAAGCUGCUGAGAGAGGCUGGAGGGCCCCGAUCAGAUCCCUGUAUGCUAUCGGGGACAACCUGAUGACUGAUAUUUAUGGUGCCAACCUCUACAACCGCUACCUCGAUGAACGGCUGGCCAGGAAGUCCACCAAAGCAGUGGCGAACAUGGUGACUGGAGCAGGGACGCCCGCCAGCGUCCCUCAGGAGGUGGACAUGGACAACGGCUGGGAAAGUGAGCUUGCGUCGCCCUCCGCCACGUCCUGCAAGUCCAUCCUGGUGUGCACAGGCGUCUACAACCCCCACAUGGAGUUACCUAAAGACGCCAACCAGUGCAUCAAAGAGACCGUCUUCCACGGCCACCGCGACUUCCGCUUCGACCCGGCUCUGGUGGAGCCAGAGAAGAUCGCCGAGGACGUGGACGCUGCUGUCCAGCUCAUCUUUGAGAUGGAGAAGUUCGGGACUGCAGUUUAGUGACGUAAAUAUAGUGAUGUUAUUGAUUUAAUAUCAACAGUCUGUAUGAAUCCGCCUUUCCAUUUUAGUAUGUGUUUUAUGGAGAAAACCUCCACAGAUGAGCACAAUGCGUAACUGAGGAAACAGGAGCGAUCAUUAAAGAUCUCGUGGCAUUUUUAGCUUUACUGGAUUGCAUGAUUUCAUUUUAACUGUCAGGUGUUCGUGGUCCAACAGUAUUUUUUCAGAAGCUCAUGUGCAUGUUCUACUCUCUAGUGUGAGUCGAGAGGCAUGAGAGGUGAUGAAAUUACAGUGUUCCAGCUGUAGACUGAUGUGGGGUGAUUAAAAUAAGGGCAAAACUGUGGCAGAAGCACACAAUGGAUUGAAUCUGUGACCUUCUGGAAGCUACUCUUCUGCACCCCUGGAUUGCAAGGGCUAUCAGUCUGCCUUUUUAUAAUAGACUGUGUCUUAGACCAGGGAUCCUCAAAUCUGGCCCACGAGAUCCACUUUCCUGCAGAGUUUAGCUCUAACCCUAA